AUGCUGGGGACCUCUGGGGUUACUUCUUCGGAUGAUAUAGAUGAAGAAUUCAUCUAUACAGAGGUCAAACGGGAACGUAGCGAUUUGGAUCACGAUGAUUCGGGGUUCAAUGAUAAUACGCAAUGGGAAACCGAUACCGAGGAUGAUGAUGACACAUCAGGUGAAUACACAGCUGACUCUCAUAGAAAACGCUUUAGAGGCCAAUAA